AGGGAGCAGUUCUCGCAAAGGGGCUGAGGUAGGCUCUCUGAGCCUGGCGAUUCUGCCACGUUUGUGGUUACCACCCACGGCCCAGUUCAGAUGACCCUUAGAAAUGCACCAGCUAACCUGAUGGAAGGGGGCUAUCCAUACUAAUUCGGAUGAUUCCAGAGGAAACAUUGUACCUGCUUUAGACCCCGGCUGUGAUUUUUUGAAGCCUCAUUUUUUAUUAAUGUUUCUUAAAUAAACUGCCUAUGGCAGUUUAUUUUGCUUUGCAUGUGGGAAAGGCAAGAUUAAAAUACAAAGUUACACCUCCGGCAGUCUCUGGGUCACCAGAGUUUGAAAGAAUAUUUCGUGCACAACAAAACUGUGUGGAGUUUUACCCCAUAUUUCUGAUUACGUUGUGGAUGGCUGGAUGGUAUUUCAAUCAAGUUUUUGCUACUUGUCUGGGUCUGGUGUACAUAUAUGCCCGUCACCAGUAUUUCUGGGGGUAUUCGGAAGCAGCUAAAAAAAGGAUCAUCGGUUUCCGGCUGAGUCUGGGGAGUCUGGCUCUGCUGAUAGUCCUAGGCGCCCUGGGGAUUGCAAACAGCUUUCUGGACGAGUACCUGGACCUUAAUGUCGCCAAGAAACUGAGACCCUUCUGACGUCCUCCCCUCCCUUGGCCCAAAUGUUUGCAGAAGCUAUUUCCACCCUGAAGGUCAUGUGGAGUCAAUGGAUCAAUUAUUAAAAAGAGAAGUCUUUGUUUUUCCUGAAAUGGCUUUGUAGGAAC